AUGGGCAAGUUUUGGAUUAUCCCCCUCAUCAUAACAUUAGUUCUGGCAAACUUUUGGCUUUGCCGUGGUUGUUGGGAAGAAGAAAGGGUUGCACUUUUACAGCUCAAAUCAAACAUAAACUAUCCAUAUGGUAACUCUCUUCCAUCAUGGAUAGAUGAUAAUAGGUCUGAUUGUUGGUUUGAGAAACUAUCGGAAUUAAGUAAGUUGGAGGUCCUAAACUUGACGGAAAAUUACUUCAAUCGUAGUGUUCUUUCAUCUCUCAGUCACCUCGUAUCUCUUCAAUAUCUCAAUCUCGCUGGAAAUCGUCUUAGUGAAUCUGGUGUUACAGGUCAUGAAAGACUUUCAAACUUGAAAGGACUUGAAUUUUUACACUUAAGUGGUAACUUUAUGAGUGAGAGCAAUGUCCAAACAAUUUGCAGUAUAAAUGAUUUCACAAAUUUAAAGGAGUUAGACAUUUCGGACAAUACAUUCCAAAAUUUUGGGCCCGUGCAUGGACUACACAAUUUGGAAAUUCUACGUGCAGCAAAAAAUGACUUCGAUAACAGUAUAAUCUCAAGUGUCAAACAAUUUUCAUCACUCAGAUUCUUAGACCUCUCAGAAAAUAAUGCUAUAAAUGGAACACUACAAGUAAUUAAUGAGCUGCUUGCUUUGGAAGAGUUGGAUUUAUCUGAGAAUGGAGUUAGUAGCUUUGUCACCAAUAAAGGACUACCAAAUUUGAAAGUUCUGCAUUUACGAGCUAAUAGCUUCAAUAAUACCAUAUUCUCAAGUCUUAAACAGUUUCCAUCGUUAAGGUUCGUAGACCUUUCUGCAAAUGACGCUAUAGAAGGAUCACUACAAGUAAACGAGGUACUUGCAUUGACCCAAUUGGAAGAAUUGGAUUUAAGUGAGACGGGAGUAGACAGGUUUAUCACUACUAAAUGCAUUGUAAAUGUAUGCCAUCUUCAAGUGCUACAUCUAGAUGACCUAGAUAGUUCAACCUCCAACUACAACAAAUUGCUACAAUCUUUGACAGUUUUUUCAUCACUCAAGACUCUCUACUUUCAAAAUAAUUUAUUUACAGAAAGUCAUUACUUGAAAAAUCUCAGCAAAUUGGAAAAUAUGAUCUUGGAUGGUUCCCCUCAUGACAAAAGUGUCUUUAACAACAUUGGAGGAUUGAAGCAUCUCAAAGUUAUUUCACUUUCUGGGUGCGGACUUAGUGGAUCCUUGCCUAGUCAAGGUUGGUGUGAGCUUAAAAGCCUUCAAGAGUUAAGACUUAGUAACAAUAAGUUCAAUGGAGUGCUUCCCCCUUGUCUAGGAAACUUGACUUCACUUCGAUUGAUUGAUCUAUCAUCUAAUCAAUUCUUUGGUAACAUAGCUACCUCCCCCUUAUCUAGAUUGACAUCACUUGAAGCUUUAACUAUUCCGAAUAACCACUUCCAAAUCCCCAUCUCUUUUGAGUCAUUUAGCAAUCACUCAAAUCUCAAAUGCAUAUUUGCUCCCAACAAUGAAGUGAUUUCGGAAACUAAUAGUUUCAAAAGCCCUAUCAUCCCAUCCUUCAAACUAGAGUGUUUAAGUCUCUCCAACUGUGUAGGGCAAUAUCCUAGAUUACCAAGCUUCCUUCUUCACCAAAAUCAGUUAAGAAUCAUUGAUUUGUCAAGUAAUAAUGUUGGAGGUGAUUUUCCUGCUUGGUUGUUCGAAAAUAACACAAAACUAGAAGGGUUUUACAUGGGUGGCAAUGCUUUUAAAGGAAUCCUCAAGUUUCCACAAAAAUCCAAUUUCCACCUUACCACAAUUAACAUCUCUGAGAAUCACAUAUGUGGACAAAUCCCAGAAAAUAUAAAUAUUGACUUUCCAAACAUAGAGGCACUAACCAUGUCUUGGAAUAACCUUGUUGGUAGCUUACCUUCUAGUUUUGGUGACCUUAAAUCCUUAGGGUAUCUUGAUUUGUCAAACAACAACUUGACGGGGGAAUUGCCACAGAAGUUGGCUACUAAUUGUCACUCUUUAUACCUUUUGAAACUGUCAAAUAACAUGUUCCAAGGUCAAAUAUUUCUAGGAGCUCUACAUACAUUUGAAUUGAUAGUCUUGCAACUUGACAACAACAACUUUGUGGGUAAGAUACCUGACAGUCUCUCUACCAAUAUUCUUUUUCAUCUAGAAGCAAUAGACCUUAGUAACAACCAUUUGCAUGGGGAACUUCCAAAGUGGAUAGGUAAUAUGACAAAUCUUGCCCAUCUUUUUUUGUCUGGGAAUCAACUUGAAGGUCCAUUUCCUAUCGAGUUUUGCGAUUUAGAAGAGAUUGAGCUCUUGGAUUUAUCAGACAAUAAGUUAUCAGGCUCAAUUCCAUCUUGCUUCAACCCUGACACCUUAAGACAUCUUCAUCUAAGCAAUAAUUGGUUUGGAGGUAAACUCACACGUGCAUUUCGUAAUAGUUCUUCUCUACUAACACUAGACCUUAGUGAUAACAAUUUUAGAGGAACAAUUCCCAAAUGGAUUGGAAACCUUGAGGGGCUAAGCAUUCUUCUCCUUAAAGGAAAUCAUUUUGAAGGGGUUAUCCCUAGUCAAUUAUGUCAAUUGAGAGAUCUAAGCAUUCUUGACCUCUCUUCCAACAAUCUUACUGGUUCAAUCCCUCGUUGUUUGGGUGGGAUGACUUCAGAUGGGCUUGGAUCCUACAAUACAGAUGUCACUUGGAUAGUAAUAGGCAAUCCUAUGCCCGAUGCAACAAUUUCCUACUUGCAAACAAGCAGAUUUGCAAAGACAUUUCACCUUCCUUUGGCUAUAAUAUAUAAUGAGGAGAACAAUUUCAUCGAUAAUCACAACAUCCGGGCCGAAUUUACUACCAAGUUGCAAGCGCAUUCUUUUCAAGGGAUUGUGUUGGAAUACAUGUUAGGGAUUGAUCUAUCUUGCAACCAAUUGACUGGGAACAUUCCUCUUGAUCUUGGAAACUUGAGCAAAAUUUAUGCUUUGAAUCUUUCGCACAAUAAUCUCACCGGAAGUAUCCCGAUAACCUUAUCAGGUCUUGCAAAGGUUGAGAGUUUAGAUCUUUCCUACAACAUGUUAAAAGGGAGAAUACCUGCUCAACUAAUUGCACUCAAUUUCUUGGAAGUGUUCAGUGUAGCACACAACAAUUUAAGUGGUCCCACCCCAGAUCGUAAAGCUCAAUUUGCAACAUUUGAUGCAAGCAGUUAUGAAGGAAAUGCUCUUCUUUGUGGCCCUCCACUUAGCAACCUUUGCACCCAUAAAGAAUUGCCGCCACCACAAGUGUUGUUACAUGAAAAUGACAAAGAAGAAAGCAAUUUUAUAGACAUGAAAUCAUUCUACAUAAGCUUUCUCAUAGCUUACACAGUUAUGUUGGUAACAGUGGUUGCAGUACUGUGCAUAAACCCAUAUUGGAGGAGAACUUGGUUUAAUUUCAUUGAGUUCUGUGCAAUGUCAUGUUAUGACUAUGUUUGGAUAGCAUUUCUUAAUUUCAAAUUAAGAAUGCGAAGUAUUCGUGCAAGAUUUAUGUAAAUAUGAUCAAUU